AUGUCGAUGCGUACUUCGGCAGCCUACCUCACUCGCCACCUACCACUUCGCUCUACACUCCGACCAGUACCCAGUUUGCUGGGUCCCCAUGGCCUCCAAAGGUCUUCCAUGGCCACUGUCGCCCCUCCGGUGACGCAAAAUUCGGUUGACAAGAAGGGCCCGACUGCGAUCGUGUUCCUGAACAUGGGCGGCCCAUCCUCAACAGCAGAAGUAGGAGAUUUUCUCAGCAGGUUAUUUGCGGAUGGUGACUUGAUUCCGUUGGGACGACUACAAUCAUAUCUUGGGCCGUUGAUCUCACGCAGAAGAACACCUAAGAUACAACAACAAUACGCAGAAAUAGGCGGUGGCUCUCCAAUCCGGAAAUGGUCAGAGUAUCAAUGUACCGAAACGUGCAAGAUCCUGGACAAAAUUUCACCAGAGACCGCACCUCACCGACCCUAUGUCGCCUUCCGCUACGCGGAUCCCUUGACCGAGCAGAUGUACGAACAGCUUCUGAAGGAUGGGUUUGGCGGUGGUAACGGCGGUCGGGCCGUGGCAUUUACGCAAUACCCCCAAUACAGCUGCUCUACAACAGGAAGUUCGCUGAACGAACUGUGGAAGUGGCGAAACCGGCUUGAGAACAAAAGAGUCCCGGGAGAGAGUUCCCCAAACGGUGCCAUCACCUGGAGUGUAAUUGACCGAUGGCCAACGCAUCCUGGACUGAUCGAAGCCUUCGCAAGGAAUAUUGAGGACAAGCUUGCGGAAUAUCCCGAAGAGCGCAAGAAAGACGUGGUGCUUUUGUUUUCAGCACACAGCCUUCCGAUGAGUGUAGUCAACCGCGGCGACCCAUACCCUGCCGAAGUCGCCGCAACGGUGUAUGCUGUCAUGCAAAGGCUCAAGUUUUCCAACCCAUAUCGACUGUGUUGGCAGUCCCAAGUGGGACCUUCUGCGUGGCUUGGUGCUCAAACAAGUGACACCGUCAGAUCCUAUGUUGAACGUGGCCAGACAGAUCUAAUCCUGGUACCGAUUGCCUUCACAAGCGACCAUAUCGAGACUCUCUACGAAUUAGACAAGGAGGUGAUGCAUGAGGAUGCGAAAGGCCAUCCAGGCGUGAAGCGCGCGGAAAGCCUCAACGGGAAUGAGACUUUCAUCCAAGCUUUGGCAGAUAUCGCCCAUGCCCAUCUUCAGAGUGGUCAAAGCUGCUCUCCGCAGAUGGGGUUGCGAUGUCAAGGCUGUAAGAGCGAGAGAUGCCUGGAGCAGAAGAAGUUCUUUGCCGGAGAACAGGCCCAGAUUCUUCCAACUGUACGAUAA